AUGACCAUCUACGAUCCUGUAGGGCUGAUAGAUCACUAUUUGGUUCUACUGAAAAUCCUGCUUCAGGAGGUGUGGCGUACUGGGAUUGAUUGGGAUGAACCUAUCCCUGAAAAUCUGUUCGAGAGGUGGCGUACGUGGAUUCGUCUUCUCCCGGAAUUGGAGAAACUUCGGAUCCCAAGGUGUUACCGGCAAGUUGUAUUGUCGAUAGAAGAGGCUGCAGUAGAUAUGCACGUCUUCGUUGAUGCCAGCGAAAGUGCUAUGUCAGCCGUUGUGUUUCUGCGAUUUACGAAAGGUGACCAGCUGGAAUGUUCUCUGGUUGCGGCUAAGACUCGAGUAUCACCGAUGAAAUACACCUCAAUCCCACGGUUAGAGCUGCAAGCCGCAGUUCUGGGGUGUCGAUUGGCUGCCAAUGUAACACGAAGCCUGACGAUGAACAUUUGUAAGCGUACAUUUUGGACAGACUCUCGAAAUGUGCUCUGUUGGCUGCGUGCCGACCACAAGCGAUACAGUGCUUUCGUCGGAUCAAGAAUCAGCGAAAUAUUGGAAUCUACGGACAUCCACGAUUGGAGAUGGGUUCCGACUCGAUCUAAUGUCGCUGAUGAUGGGACCAGAUGGCGAGAUCGACCUGACCUAUCGUCGGAGAGCAGGUGGUUCAAGGGUCCAGAGUUCCUGAUGCAAGCAACAGAGAAGUGGCCCAGCCUUCCAGUAAAGAUCUCUACCGAGGAAGAGAUGAGACCCAGCGUAUUGUUCCACAUCAGUGUUUCCGAAUCGGUAAUCGAUGUCAGCAGGUUUUCGAGUUGGCGACGACUGUUGAUAGUGACCGGAUACGUGCUUCGUUUCUGCACGAACAUUCAACGGAGCUGUAGGAAAGUUCCCUUAAUUGCUGGACCACUCAUGCGGGAAGAGCUUCGCAGUGCGGAAGCACACCAUUAUCGGCAAGCGCAACGUGACAUAUACCAUGACGAGGUUGCAGUGUUGGUGGCUAAAGAAGAAAGGGGAAAACAAAUUCCAAAGGCGAGUCCGCUCUACAAGCUGAGCCCAUUUGUGGACGACUCAGGAGUAUUGCGGAUGAAGGGUAGAACCGGCGUGUGUGCGUAUCUCCACAGCGACGCGAAGAAUCCUGUUAUUCUACCACCUAAGCAUCCAGUAACAUCGCUACUCUUGGCACACUAUCACGAAAAGUACCUCCAUCGAAACUAUGACAUCGCAGUCAACGAGAAACUGCCAGUGGUGCAAAAAUCGCGACGCUGUCCUCAACCGCCGGAGAUGGCCGAUCUUCCAGUGGCCAGACUAUCCGCACACACGAGGCCGUUCGCACAUGUGGGGGUCGAUUAUUUUGGUCCAAUAGAAGUAAUUGUGGGUCGAAGGGUCGAGAAAAGGUGCCAACCGAACGCUACAGGAGCUCUACCAAAAGUUGAUCGGAAUCAGCUGAUGCGGGAGUUCAUUACGUCGUCUACAUCGUGGCAGUUCAACCCACCUGCGUCGCCCCACAUGGGAGGAAGUUGGGAGCGACUCGUACAGUCGGUCAAACGGAACCUGGCCGAAGUCUUGCACGCACGGCGCCCAACUGACGAGGAACUGAGGAAUGCCCUAACGGAAGUAGAAGGUAUACUUAACACGCGCCCUCUUACUCACGUGCCAAUCGAUGACGAAGCAGCACCAGCCCUAACGCCCAACCACUUUCUUUUGGGCUCCUCGGAUGGUUCAAAACCGUUGACGUUCGUGGACGCGGACACUGCGGCAUUGCGACGAGGACAUCCGACAUCCCAAUGGCUGGCGAAUCUCUUCUGGAAGCGCUGGAUUCGGGACUACCUACCCGACAUAACACGACGUACGAAGUGGCACAAGAAGGCGAAACCUCUUGAGGAGGGUGACAUCGUAGUCAUCGUGGAUCAUGAGCAUCCCAGAAACUGUUGGCCCAAGGGACGGGUAAUCGGAGUGGUAACUAGUGGAGGGCAAACUCGCAAGGCAACCGUUCAAACUGUUCAUGGAGUUUACGAGCGACCGACUGUUAAGUUAGCGGUGUUGGAUGUUCGGCGCGAUGUUGUGUAA